GAGACCCGGAAACCUCCUGAACAGAAGAGCGGUGGUUGCCCCUUCGGCUGAAGUCCGGGCCUGAACUUGGAAAAUGCUGCUGGCGCCCCAGGAAAAGUCCUCCUCGAAGAAGAGGAUGGGACUGAAUCGCUGGAAACGGUUUACAAGGAAGCCAAGUCCCAAGCUUGCUUUUGACCCUGACAAUGUGGGACACUGGAUUAAGAGAGUGGAGAAAGCCUCAGAAUUUGCAGUUUCAAAUGCAUUUUAUGCCAGAAAUUCAGAUCUACCUAGAAGACACUGGGGCCAAAUCAUAGAUUGGGAAACGUCAGAGCAAAUAGAGGAUCACGAUGAAGUCUAUACAGAAGCCCAGGAGCUGGUAAGUGAUUGGUUAGACACCAAACUUAAGCAAGAAUUAGCAAGUGAUGAAGAAGGUAAUGCAGAAAACACUAUGUCAAGCAUCACUCUUAUGCCAGAAGCCACUGGCCAUUUGAAAUAUGACAAGUUUGAUGACUUAUGCGGCUAUUUGGAGGAAGAAGAGGAAAGUACCACCGUUCAAAAAUUUAUAGACCAUCUGCUCUAUAAAGAUGUGGUGGAUUCUGGGAUGUUGGAAGAUCUUGGAAGGGAGGAAAACCAAGACAAGAAGCAGCAGAAGGAUCCUCGUCUUACCAUGGAGAUGAGACAUAAGCAGGUAAAAGAAAAUCGCUUAAGGCGUGAAAAAGAACUGGAGCACCAGAGAAUUGAAAAGGCCCUGAAAAAAUCUGCCUUCUUGGAGGCUCAAUGUCUGGUACAAGAAGAGAAGAAAAGGAAGGCUCUAGAGGCCAAGAAAGAGGAAGAGGAGAUUCAACGGGAGAUGGUAAAGCUGCGGAGGGAGAUAAUUGAGAGGAGGCGCACUGUGGCCGAAGCAUGGAAAAUAGAGAAGAAAAGGCAAGAAGAAAAUUCUCAAAGAAAUUCAGAAAAGGACAUGUUUCAAAGUGCUCGUGUUCUUCUGGAUGAGAAGAAAAUGGCAGAAGAAAGAAAAAAGAAACUGAAAGAGUUAUUAAUCCAAACUUUCAAGGAAAAUCAACAGUGUCAAAAGCGGUAUUUCUCUGCCUGGCACAAGCUGAUUCUUGAUCAUAGGAUUAAGCUGGGGAAAGCUGGGACCCUGUCUGACUGGAAGAUUCAACUGAAGGUCCUGAGGGUCUGGAGAGAUUACACAAGAUCCCAGAAGUUGGUGCGGGAGACUCAGGCUUUGGAAAAUGAUCUUAGAGAAGAAAACAGAAAACAACAACUGGCCACUGAGUAUAACCGGAAACAAGUUCUGCGACACUGCUUUACAGAAUGGCAGCAUUGGCAUGGUACAGAGCUCCUGAAGAGAGAGCUGGCUUGGACAAAGGAGGAAACCAAGAGAAAAAUGGAUGCGCUGCUGAAAGCAGCAUCACUAGGGAAACUCAGUACAAAUGGGUCAUCAGGCAUCAGUUCACUUGACGAGACAACAGUUGUGAUGGGGCCACCGGUAAGGAAUGGAAAUGUGACUGCCUUGGCCCCUUUGUGGGAAGAGCCUCCCUUGGGGAGCAAUGGUUGUAUACCCAGCCCUACCCUAGGAAGAACAACAAAGGGCAACUUGCAAGGUCCCCUUCAGAAUGUCUCCCUGAAUCCACCUGACAGGAAGCAGCACAAGACCCCAGAUGCUGAGCCCUCUCGACAGCCUGGUGGAAAUGAGAAGCUUGGAGCCACCAGCCAGAAAGCAGAACCUAUUUGCAUGGGUCAUUUCCACAACCGCCAUGUCUCCCAGCAACAACUGAUUGAGAAGCAAAAGAAGAAACUUCAGGAACAGCAGAAAACAAUAAUUGAACUGAAGAAAAACCAGCAGCUGGCAGAGGCUCAGUGGGCAGCAGAGCGCACUGCAGCAGUCUCAGACACACAGAGCCGCUUGCUGUCAAAUCUCAGAGAAAAGGAACCAAAAGGAACCCGCCAGAUGCCUCUAAAUUCGCCUGUUGCUUCCCCUGGGACUGGAGGCAGUAGAAGUGACUCCCGAAGUUCUCUUUCUGGACCCAGAGGGAACCCAAAGCAGCUGAUGGCACCCCAUCCCAUACUGAAAGCUAUGGAAGAGAGAGCAAUUCAACGAGCUGAACGUAGGCGGCUCUUGGCAGAGAGGAAGAAAAAACAAGAAGAAGAGAAAUUGGCCCAGUUAAAGGCUCAAGAGGAGGAGUGUCAGAAAAGGGAGGCAGAGGAAAAGGAGGCACAGCUUGAGAGAAAACGAGAAGAGAAGAGACUAAAGAAAAUGAAAGAACUAGAGAAGCAGAAGAGAAUUAAGAGGAAUCAGCAGCUGGAAACCAUAGCAAAAGAACAUUAUAAAGGGGUUUUGCUAAGAAAAAAAGGUCUAGAGCCUUGGAAGAGACUGAGAAUGCAAAGCAAGCAAAACGUCCAGGUAGCAGAAGAACAUAAUUCUUUGGCCCUGCAAAGGAAAUGCCUGCUGACCUGGUUCCGGUGUAGUCAGGGAAGUUUGGCUAGGAAGACAGCCCAAGCUGAUCAACUUUAUUCCCAGAUAUUGCUUAGGAGAGUCAUCCGGAAUUGGUUACAGUACCUGACUGAUCUAGAGGAGGAAGUAAGAAAACUUGGUGUACAUUUUCUUCAGAAGACGACUUUCAGGGCCUGGUUUAACAUGGUCAGGGAGGAGAAGAUCGAUUCUCAGAGCAAGCAUGAGAUUGCAGCAGAACACAGUGACAGGAGGAUUCUUUGGACCACAUUUUGGACUUGGAAGAUGUUUGCAAAACUUAUGAAAGAGGAAAGAGUAAAAGAAGAGAGGCGAGAACAACUCCGCAGAAAAGUGAUGGAAAUUCUUCCAGACUUCCAGGUGCCUCCUGGAAGUGACUAUUAG